AUGUCCUUACGAGUCGACUGGAAACACCCAAGCACAAGGAAAAUCAUUCUGUCAUAUCUACCGGACUGGAUUCUCGUGGCAGUAAUGGCAGGUGCCUUCUUUGGCAUCGAUCGUAUUACCCCAUUCCUACGUGAAUUCUCUCUUGAAGACAAGACAAUUAUGCAUCCCCAUUCACCCAAAGAUUCCGUACCCAUGUGGGUUGUUGGUGUCAUUUGUUUCAUUGUACCGAUUAUCAUCAUGGCAGUCCUUUCUCUUGGUUUCAAGCGUAGCAUUGUGGAUUUUCAUAGCGCCGUGCUAGGUCUUUGUCUAAGUCUGAGCAUGUGCUGUAUGUUGACAUCGGUUACAAAAAUUACUGUGGGCCGACCUAGACCCGAUUUCAUCGACCGUUGUCAACCACCAGCAGACGCUCAUGAUCCAACCUUUGGCAUGUCCAACUAUACCAUAUGCACUACACCCAUGGAUACCCACAUGAUGAUUGAUGGUUUCAAGAGCUUUCCUAGUGGACAUUCUUCAUUUUCAUUUGCCGGCUUGGCUUAUCUUGCAUUCUAUAUUGCAGGCAAGAUGCAAAUGUUUGAUGAGCGUGGGCAUACAUACAAAGGCUUCAUUUUCGCAUUCCCCAUUAUUGGUGCAUUGUUGGUAGCCAUUUCCAGAACUUCGGAUUAUCGACAUCAUUGGCAGGAUGUUUUUGUUGGCUCUUUAUUGGGUUUUGGAUGCGCAUUUUUCGCAUAUCGACAAUACUAUCCCGCAUUGGCACACGCGACAUGUCACCAUCCCUACAAGACACGUAUUUCCACCUUCAAAGACGCGGUCAUGCAUCGAUUUGAAACAACAUCCAACAGAUUUCACCACCAUCAACAACAACAACAACAACCUGCUUACACAACAUCAAACGAGCAAGCUGAUAAUUCCCGUUUGCUUGGUGCUGAGACAGGGAAUGAUAGCUAUCCACUCCAUGACACCCACAGUGCUCAAUCGAGCCAUGCACACACUGCAGUCGACAUGUAUGAUCCUCCUAUCAAUAAAAUAUAG